AUGGCGAACCAACUUCCCUUUCCAUCUUUCACUAGGGUAUGGCAUAACAAAAUCUAUCCAACCAUCGACCCGAGCCAGAAUCCGUCCAUCGCAGCUAUAGGAAAGAAAGUGGUCAUAUCCGGAGGAGGAUCGGGGAUCGGUCCUCAUAUUGUCAAGGCUUUCGCCGCGGCGGGGGCCCUCCGAAUUGAGGAGGUCAAGAGGGAAUUUCCUGGCACUGAGGUCGACGUGCUGGUGGCUGAUAUCGCCGAUGAACCCUCUGUGUGCAAACUAGCAGCCGAUAUCAAACGGUUACAUGGGACUUGGGAUGUUUUCGUAUCGAAUGCGGGGUAUUCACCCGAGCUGUUAAGUGUCACGGACUCAAUAACCAGUGAAUGGUUCAAAGCUUUCGACGUCAACGUCAAAGGCAAUUUCUUUCUGGUACGCGAGGUCGCCCCCUUUGCAGCUGCCACCGGAGCUGUCUUCGUGCACGUCUCCAGCGGUGCUUGUCACGCUCUUCCUAGGCCCGGCCACUCCGCAUAUUGUGCCGCCAAAUUGGCCAGUACGAAGAUAAUGGAGCAUUUUCAAAGAGAAUGUUCCCCUAUACGUUUUACCAGCAUUCAUCCAGGUAUCAUUCCGACAGAGAUGGCCAACACGCUUUUCAAACAAGUCUUCCGGCGGCCUUCGCAGUCUGGGUUGCGAGCAGCGAAGCGGAUUUUGCCAGGGGCCGGAUGCUGUGGUGCAACAGGGACGUUGGAGAGUUGA